UCGGUACUUAAGAGACAGACUCCAAACGAAGCAGCCAUUCCUAACCUAUGCAGACAAAGGGAGUGGUUCCCUUAGCAACAGGAACCAUGUGGAGGUUCUCAGAGAGCUCUCUUUUCCCCCUACUCGUGUUUUCUUUUAACUCAACAUUUUGCACAGCAUCUUGCAUGGAGACUCCGGCAGCUGGGCUGGAGGCAAACAGUUCUUCCAGCUCUGGCUAAGCAGUGCUCGGAGGGCAAUUGUUCCACGCUCAUCAGACAGAAAAAAUGAUAACCAUGGUUUUGGAGGCUACAACAAGCUAAAAGCACACAGGACCCAUGGCAUCUUUGACAUGGAAACAAGAGCUUCCCAUAGCAGUCACUCCUGUAGCUGCACAGUGUAAGGAAGAGGUUUACUCAUUCUGCCCAGAGGCUGAGCCAGCAGAGACAGCAAAGCUAAUGUGAUCCAUUGAAGGAAGACAGUGGACAAUUACCAGCAACUUGUUCACGUUUUUGCCUUGGACAGCCUAAGCUGAAACUUCCAGCUGAAAAUGACCCAGCAAAUGCACAACCUGAGUCUCCUCCAGACCAAGAAGCACAGCAUGCCCUCCUCUCCCAACGCUGCCAAGCGGCUCUAUCGGAACCUGUCGGAGAAGCUGAAGGGCAGCCACACGUCCUUCGACGAGGCCUAUUUCCGAGCGCGCUCCGACCGCCUCAGCCUCCGCAAGACCUCCAUGAAUUUCCAGUGCAAUGAAGCAAUGUUUGAGGCCGUGGAACAGCAGGACCUGGAUGCUGUUCAGAUUCUUCUUUAUCAAUACACACUGGAGGAACUGGACCUGAACACACCAAACAGUGAGGGACUAACUCCUCUGGAUAUUGCCAUUUUGACAAAUAAUGUCCCUAUUGCUAAGACCCUUCUGCACGUUGGGGCAAAGGAAAGCCCACACUUUGUUGACAUGGAAAGCAGGUCGGUGCAUUUGAGCACGUUGGUCCAGGAGGCCCAGCAGAGAGUGACUGAACUGUCUGCACAGGUGGGGAGCGAAGGGCUGGGCACCGACACGGCGGAGAGGGAGAAGCAGCUGAAGGCCUGGGAGUGGAGGGCCAGGCUCUACCAGCGCAUGAAGGCCGGCUACGAACACGCCCGAGCCCCUGAGGCGCCAACCAAUGUCUGUCUCAUGGUAACAAGCAGUACAUCACUCACUGUCACCUUCCAAGAACCUCUGAGUGUCAACUCAGCUGUGGUGACCAAGUAUAAAGUGGAGUGGAGCUCUUCAGAAGACUUUUCUCCUUUGGCUGGUGAAAUAAUUAUGGAUAAUCUUCAGUCUUUGAGGUGCUCCAUCACGGGUCUCAGAACAGGCCGGAGGUAUUAUGUCCAUGUUUCAGCGUACAACAUGAGAGGAUGGGGACCUCCAAGGAAAUCUACUCCUGAAUAUGCUUCUCCUUCAAACUGGAAAGACUGCAGUGGAAGAGAACCUCGGCACAGGGGACACACUGAGGCCCUGGAACGCCUCCUUCAGCAGGUUCGAGCAGCUCAUCAGCACUAUAAUUGCAGAGAAAGUUCUAAAUUACAAAAUGCUGGUCGCAAGCAAUCGGUUUCCAGGAGCCUGAAGCACCUUUUCCAUUCAUCAAACAAGUUUGUGAAGACCCUGAAACGGGGACUCUACUUAUGUGUUAUACUUUUUUACAAAGACAAUUUGUUAGUAACCAAUGAAGAUCAAAUCCCAAUUGUGGAAAUCGAUGACUCUCACAGUAGUUCAGUUAUGCAGGAUUUCCUGUGGUUCACAAAGUUGUCUUGCAUGUGGGAUGACAUCAGGUGGCUGAGGCAGAACAUGGCUGUGUCCGUGUCCUCAUCCACAGCCCUCCAGGCCAGGCAGAAGAUGCUUUCAGCAGCAGCACAGCUACAGAAUUUGCUGGGAACUCACAACUUAGGCAGAGUUUUUUAUGAACCAAUCAAGGAUCGACAUGGCAAUAUGCUGAUAGUUACUGUAAGAGAAGUGGAGAGUCUGUAUUCAUUUUUUAAUGGCAAAUGGAUGCAGGUAUCCAAACUACAAAGCCAGAGGAAAUCCCUUUCAACUCCAGAGGAGCCAACAGCAUUAGACAUCUUGCUUAUAACAAUCCAGGACAUACUUUCCUAUCACAAACGAAGUCAGCAACGCCUCCCUCCCGGCCUGUAUCUGGGUUACCUUAAACUCUGCAGUUCUGUGGAUCAAAUCAAAGUGCUGGUGCUGCAGAAGUUGCCCAAUGUCCUGUGUCAUGUUAAAAUCCGGGACAACAGCAAUGUCUCCAAAGAUGAGUGGGAAUGGAUCCAAACACUUUCUGGCUCAGAAUCUGUGGAAAGUAUGGAUCAUACUUCAGACUGCCCUACUCAAUUGUUCUUGUAUGAGCUCCAGACGGCAGUGAAAGCUCUCCUCAAACAGAUCAAUCUACCUCUGCAUCAGGCAAAGCACUUCCGUCUGUACACACAGGAGGUGUUGGAACUGGGUCACAAUGUCUCCUUUCUUCUCCUGCUCCCCGCCUCAGACGACGUCUGCACUGCCCCAGGACAGAAUAAUCCUUACACCCCACACUCAGGAUUUCUUAACCUCCCUCUUCAGAUGUUUGAACUCGUUCAUUUUUGCUGUUACAAGGAAAAAUUUAUAAGCCUGUAUUGCCGCCUUUCUGCUGUCAUAGAGCUGGACUCUCUGAAAACCCAGCAAUCCCUGAGGGAAGCAAUUUCAGACAGUGAAGUCGCUGCAGCCAAACAAAGACACCAGCAAGUUAUAGACUACAUACAGCAAAUCGAUGAGAUCUGGAGGGAAAUGAGAUGGAUCACAGAGGCACUGCAGUAUGCAAGGUACAAGCAGCCAGCAGCUGGCCUGCCCAUAAAGAAGUUUGUGGAUCUUUCAGAAGAACACCCUCAAAAGAAAAUGAGCUCCACCUCUUCACACCUAGACUGUCUUCCUUCACCUCCCCCUUCCCCUGAGCCCAGAAUCCAGAGGAGAAAAGCUGUGAGUGACUCCCAGCCCUGCUCAGACGAGGAAGGCUGCUCUGAGGUGUUCCUGCCCACCGACAGCGACUACGACUCCAGCGACGCGCUGAGCCCCAGGGAACUGGACCUGAUCUACUCCUCGUCCCAGGACAUCUCCCAGCAGGCCAGCAGUGGCCUGGGAGGGAGCGCUCCCGAUGUCCUCCAAGCCCACGACAUGAAGCCCUGCCUGACCCUCCAGGAAGGCCUGACAGAGUGUGGUGCCUUCGACCCUCACGCUGAAUGCUGCACAGAGUCCAUGAGCAAUCUGACCCUGUCGGGGCUCACAUCGAAAAGCACUGACAAGUCCUCCAGCUCCAAGCAGCCCCUGGGCUUUUUAGGGAAAAGAAAGCUCGGGAAGCACCAACAUUACAACUACUUCGGCCGGCAGCACCGCUGGCUGCGCGUGCACAGCGAGACACAGGCGGGCUCCCUGUCCGAGGGGGUCUACACCCAGCAUCUCAUGAGAUCUCCAGAUUUGCCCCAAGAACCUACCUCCAGCGAGCAGUUAAAGAGCCCCAGCGAUGGCUCUCGGAGCACUUUCGUACCUCAUGCAUCCAGCCUCCCAGAAGAUGAGCGAGGCAAGUACGAGGAACCGAGGCAGAAUGUCCACAGGAUACAUGUGGAGCCUUAUGAAACGACAUUUGGGGAUGAGGAGGGCAAGCCCUGGGCAGUGAGCACGCGGCCUGCAGGACACACAGAUGUGCACAAUGCUAUGCAACAGGCCACGGGGCCAGACGAGCAGCUGGGUUCUGCUGUCCCAGAAGUCUUCAGCAGCACCCUUUAGCCCCAGAAUCCUGCACGGCUUCCCAUGAGAUAUGAGCAUUAUGCACAUAAGGCCAUACUUUCAAAACCACUUGUAAAAUUCCAGCUCCUGAAACAGCAACUCACGCCACCCAGAAGAAUCCUGAUCUUUUGACUUCCUCACCAGGUUUCUGGUCUCACAGAGGUAUCAUCUGUCAGGGUGUGAGCAUUAUUGUUAUUAUUGGCAUCUGCAGGUUUGCAGGUAGAGUCGCAACAAUCACCACAUAACAGAACAAUCUGUGGCUGCAAAUCCAGUAACAGCAGGUCUCUUGAUGUCCAUGUUUCUCUGAGCAUGCAAAAUUUUAAGCAUGAGUGGUUCUGCCUGCAAGUUAGCAGCAACUUGGUGUCCUCAUGUUAGGGCUGUGUCCUAAACUUCUAUUUACCUGUUUUCCACUGUUUCCUGUAAAUUUUUCUACUUCUCAGCCUUCUCGAGUGGAUUUAGGUUGGAUAUAACUGGAGUGCUAACUGGUCUAGUAACACAAAUAACCCAGAGUUUCUAGGCAUUUAAAGAAAUGAAAAUUCUUUCAAUAUCUACAAAAUGCAGUCAACACCAUCUCUGACUGCCGUCAGAGCCUGACAUAAUUAGCACAAUGGGGUUUUUUCAGGAGCUUAGAUUUCAAAUUAUUUAUGUAGCAAGUUAUUUUAAAACCUUAGGAGGUGAACCUUUGAGGUCAAGAGCAGGCAGAGUGAGGCCAGGUUCUAGAGGAAAAAUAGGCAGGGUCUGCAUGAGAUUGAAGCAGAGUUUGAUCUGUCUUCUGCCACCACACAAGAGCACAUUUCAUUAUGUUGGAAUAACUCUUAGACAUCCCUUGGAAAGAAAUGCCCCUAUUUUUGUUCCUGAAUAUUCACUGUAAUUUGAUCACCACAUCUGAAAUUGGGAUAUUCUGGCAAUUUAGGUGAAGGAAAUCUGGGGUGCAGUUUGAAUCCAAGAUUUUAUCUUUGGGCUCCCAAUAAAUACUCAUAUCAUAAGGAGGGUGGGAGGUGGUGAGUUAUCAUCUUGUAUUGUUUAAAGGCAGAUCACACUGAGUCAGGAUUUUGUCCUUUGCAACCACAAUAAGACUUAAGAGAACUACAGAAGAUGAUCUCAAAAAUGAAAUCUGUAUUAAUGAGAACCAUAACACUGGAGUCACUAAGAAACGAACUAAUGUGGAGAGAAACCCCAGCUGUUGCACAAGCUUUAAUUUUUCUUAAACAGUUCUUGAAGUUUAAUUUUAUAGGCCACAUUCCUGCUGGUUAAAUUCCCUCACUCCGUGUUUGCGCAGCCUUCUACCUUUCGGUUUUCCAGCCUCCAGGUGGAUACAUUCUAAGGCCCCCAAUAAAGAGAUUUGAGUUAAAUAGUUGAGUUUACAAGUCCUUGAGGUAAAGGUAAGGAUUUGGGCCCAUGAUCUGUGGUCCUUAUUAAAAUAGCACUUCCAUAACCCCAGUGCUAUUAAAAUCCCUGUGAACUCAAUCCAUAAAUUCAAAAAUAAAUGUUAUUCACUAUUUUAUGCUUGGUCAGUCUGUGGAAGCCAAGAAGAGUCUUUGCAGUGAUAGGAAAGGCAAAAACUUUCUCACAAGGGAUUUACAUUUGUAACUUCUCUUUUUGGGAGCGGGAAGUUAACUUUUUUGCACCAAAAAUAUUCAUUCAUUACCUGAUCCAAAGCCCAGUGAGGAUGGAAAGACUUCCAUUCACUCCCACAAGGUUUGGAUGAGACCCACACUGAAAAUUCCUGUGGGUGAGAGCACACGGGGGGAGCAGAAGUGUCAGUGCCCAUUCGCAGUUAGAAGGACACACAUUGUGUGGAGCUGGGACUGGGGAAGGCCCCACUCACCCUCAGAGCCAAGCAGAGAUGUCUGACUGUCACUGAAGGCACUCACAGCUGGUUGCUUCAGAUUCUGUUCAUUAGCAGAAGGCUUUGCACCAGGGAGACAAACAAUGUGAUGCUCAUAUGCAGAGCCAAAAUAAUUUACACGGUUUUCUAGUGCCCAGCCCCUCGCCCAGGCUCCCCUAAUCUGUCUCACCUCAAGGUAAAACUGCCAUAAAACUGUCUAUUGAAGAAUAAAAAUAACAAUGCACUGAGGCCAUAUGUUUUUGCAGGAAGUGACAAGAUAAAACAAGAUGUUUCUAAAUGAAACCCACCUCGCUUUGCUCUGGAUCAUCAGGAGCAGCGAGGGCGAGAAGUAGCAAAAUAUUCAGCAGACAGGCACACACUGCUGCUGAGAUAAGGAUGGAAAAAUCUGUUCCCUGCUCCUGCUGCUGGACCUUUCCAGAAGCAGCCAUGUAGCUAAUAAAGACUAGGUUCUUUACUGGUAGGAAGGGCUUGACUUCAUCAUAAUCUUCUGAGCUGAGAUGGAAUUUGGGAGUGCAAUGCCAGCCACAAUCUACCCUGCCUUGAUUUUAACCCUCCUAUGUGGAAGGAAUGUUUAGGUCAUGGCCAAUGGGACAUGCUUCCUCGAUCCUGUAACCACUGGAUUGAGGUUAUUCCACAUACUUCAAUAGUCAAAAUAGUAAUUAAUAGUUCUGGGUUUAAAUACUUCUGGGUUUAAAUACUUCUGUUCAAAAUUGCUAUCCCUACCUAUUCUGAGUCUCGUUAAAAGAAUAGUAAUGAACACCCAGAGAUAAAUAAAUAGUAGAUAGUGCUGCCUUUCGAGUACUGCCAUAAUAUAAUCAUAAUAGUUCUGCAGCUCUCUUAGGAAGAUCACUCACACAUUUCACAAGUAACUACAGCAAUUCAGAAGGAUUCUGCAAAAUGCAAAAUCCAGCACUGUCAUCCCCAGUCCACAGAGGCACAAGGGACUCUGAGCAGAGCUGAGUAAAGGCUCACAGUCAGGAACUGAAUUAAAAUUAGGAACUCAGACCUUUGCUUCAAUUACUGGGAACCCUUUCUCCACGUUGAGCUCGAGUGCCCCUCCAAGGACUCUUGCCCAGAGCUGGGCAGUGCUGUGGCUCAGAGCCCACAGCACACCAGAGUUUCCUCAGCCAGCAGACACUUCAUUCAGCCUGUGCCCACUUGGUAUCAGCUGAAGCUCUGCUAUCAAGAGGGUACUUGGGCUUGUAACUUCUGGAUCUCUCUCUCUUACUCAUCUAUCUUGCCACAAAACCUUUGUCCUGCAUUUCCAGGGAGUGUAUUUCUCUCCUGGGCUGAACCCAGUCCCUGCCAUUUCUAGACAUGACAUUGACUGGCUAGAAAAGUGUAUGAUGCUUUAAUAUUAUGACUCCACAGAAAGGAAAAAAAAUGUGGACCAAAUCUCCCCAUUUAGUGGUCUAAAACUUUCCUGUUUCUGCUGGUAGGAAGUGAGACAAACUGCAAAGGUUUACACUCAAAAUUUCUUGCACUCAAAAGAAGGCUGUCUGCCCAUGGACAGUUUGCCUGAAGACACCUGUGGCUCAAGCAUUUCCCAUGCUUCUUGUUUGUGGUUUUUUUCGCUUUAAAUACUAAUUAACAAUUGGAUUUUCUACGCUGUAAGACACAGAGAAUUCUAUAAAAUAAUGUUUUUAAAUAUAGACUUUAAAGGGGGAAAGGGGAGACAGAAUAUUUUAUCCUGAGAAUUUAAAGUGUUCUGGAAAGAGAUGGUGCAUCUUCAAAUUCUCUAUGGUAUAAAGAAAUGCAUUAAGUUGCUGGUCAACUCUUCCAAGGUGAUUAAAUGCAUGGCUCAUGACUGUUAUGUAAAACUUCAAUACAGCCUUACAAACAACAAGGGUAUAGUGUAUCUGAAAAUAAGAUAUACAGCUUGGAAACUUACUCUGAAUUUCUCUGAGGUGUUGAACUUUGCCAUCAGCAAAAAGUGUUUUUAGGAAACAGGCCUCUAAUUUUCAGACAACAGAGAUUUCAUCAGGUUGGGUCUCUCAUUUUUCCACUACAGAAACACAUUAAAUAACUAGAAUACUUUAUUUGUAAGUAUAAUUUAUCCUCUGACUCCACGAAGUAGAAUUCACAAGGCUAAAUCACUCCCAGAAGUGAGAGACAGAGCUUUUGGCCCUGUAUAUUCUUUGCAAAAAGCAAGGGCAGCGUUCCCCAAGGUGGGCUGCACGUUGUGCCCCUGCAGCACGGACUGGUCACCCCCCCAGCCACCCUCCUGAGUGCAGGCACCCCACAGCCUCCCUCCGGCGGAGGAAGGGUCUGCAAAGCCAUCGGGAGUUCUUUUGUUGGUCUGAUUGGGCUCUGGAGCAGCCCUGUCAUUGUUGGACACCCUACAGAUCCCACCAGCUCAGAGAUCACCUCUCCUCGCUCCGGGUGUCUGUGAGCUCUGACCCUGCCAGCUGGUUCUCAGUCUGGAAUUUUGGGGUGAAUAAGAGCCAGACUGGAACACCUUCCUCAGUUGUUUCAUACCACAGCACCUUGCGCAAGAUUCAGCCUUUAAAUCAGUCAUCCCAUAACAAGGCAAUGUGUUACUAAGCUUGGCUGUCACCAGGCUACAGAAACCCCUCUAUUUGGCUUGUCAAAUAAUAACAACAGAUUUUUUAUGUUUAUUGUUAUUUAAUUUUCUUUCUUGGAAAAGCUACGUGAAACUGAGCUGACACUGGAGGAAAGGAUUGGUGUAGCACUAAUCUACCUUAUUACUGUGAAUUGUAGUAACUUAUUAAGCAGAUUUUAAGCUAAAAGCACAGACUUUAUGCGUUUUAUAAAAGUCUGUUUGGGCCCAAUCCUGCUGUCCUUGGACCUCACUCCAGGUUCUUUUUCACCAGUGUAGAUCCAGAGUAGUUCCCCCCAAGCUGAGCCAGGUGUUCCCCUGUGCAGGUCAGCACCCCCUGACUCGCUCCCAGCCUGGCUCGGGGUCAGCUGAGGCCCCGCACCAGCGGAGUCACCAUGAGAACAGCACAUUCAUGCUGGUGUAAAAAAUGACAUGUGUAAGGAAGAUAGAAGGGUCUUAUCUCAUGGAAUAUCACCCUGGAUAUUCCAGGGACCGCUGGAUCCGGACUGGCAGAGCGAGCCCAGCAGCUGCUGCAUUGCCAGUGGGGGAAGCCCUGCCUGAAACGCUGCUCCUCCUCAGGACAGGGACCAAACCCCCUCCCGUGUUCUGCAGAUGAAUGCAGUGGGAGUCCCAGUUAUUCUGCCGAUAAAAACGAAGACUUAACAGGGUUAUUGGGGACUUGGGGGAGGGGAAGAGGGGUUGUUUGUUUUUCCCCCUCAGAGAAAAAGUAAUUUAAGUGAAAUGUGCGAGGCGGUGUUUAAUUGCUUCCUGCCUUGUUUGUACAUAGCAAUUUGGCUGUUUAUUGGUUGUCUUUGUUCAGAUUUUUAUUGUAACUUGUUGCUAUAUACGCAACCAAGCGUAUGCUGAAGUUUAAACUUUGCCACACAAUAAUGCACAAUUUUAUGUGCUUUAAAACUUUGUAAACAUCUCGAUGAACGAUGUCUGCUGUGCUAACUGUGAGCCUGGGACUUGACACAACAAUAUUUUCGUGCGUAUGUACCUGCAAAUGGUUUGAAAAUAGCAAAAUAUAUAUUGAGGAUGGCCACGAGCCAAGAGUAAAUGAGUGCCGUAUGACUCAUGCUUCUUUAAUAAUUCCUGAAAGAGGCAUGUAUAGUACAUAAAAUAGACAAUAAAAAUAAUUUUCAAGACUACAAAUAUUUUUUAUAACUUCAGAUAUUAAAUACUAUUUUAGAAAAAAAAAAAGGUUGGUUGGUAAAAGAAAUCUUAAGUUUAUUCGAGUGAAUCAUUGUCAUAAAAACGUUCUUAACAUAGAUUUUUUUGUUUGAUCUAAUAUCAUAGAAACUCAGCUCUUUUAAGAUUUAGAAGACUUGAAUUGCUCUUGCAUUCUUACAGCUCCUGUGAUCUUCUAAAAUUAUGGACUUCAAGUCUUUUCCUUCAUUAACAAAAAAAUACUGGUGUGUACACUCACAUGAUCCCAAAUACCAUGUGUACUCAUACACAAUCUUUAAAUGGUGUUUUUUGAAACAUGUUUUAUUUUACUAUCAUCAAGUUCCCCUGUAUGUGAGCUUUACAAUCCAUGCAAAUCUGACCAUGGUUUGUGUUUUUCCUUGAAUUCCCUUUAUUUUAUUAGAAAGUUACUUUUUCUAAGGCCACGCUUUCAAAUCUGGUCUCUAAAUUUUGAUUUUAAUUCAGACACCUGAAUGAAAUAGGCAUGGCUUCCAGUGUUUGUGGGUGAAAAUACCCUCCCACCAAAGGCAACAGAAAUUUAAAUUUUUUCACAUAUUCUUGUACAAAGAAAAGCAAAUCAAGGUAAUACUUCUCAUGGAGUACAGGAUUGGGCUACUGUGUGCAAGCAAGAGAAAUAAGAACAACUCAUUUUGAAUGCUGAAGUGAAACUGGAAGGGUUCUGCUCUGGGUCACUGUUUACCUGGUUUCAAAGACAGACAGGCUGCUAAAUGUAUUUUAACAAUGAGAUGAUGCCAUAACUGGAAUAAGUGACAUUCCAAGGUCACAGAGAGCUUGUGGCAGAGCAGGGACAUAAUUCCCUGGUCAGCAUCCAUUAUCAGGUGAUUAUCCAUGGCUUGUGCAUGAGUACACAUGGUAAAGUACACGCUGACCAAUGCCUGCAUUCCAGCCAGGACAUGCCAGCUCAAUGCAGGCUUCAGAACAACAGCAUCUUACUGGAGUAUCUGUGAAUAUUUUCACACAUGGAAAAUGUUUUAGGUAAAACACAGCCAAAGUGGAGUUAAUCAGCAGAGCAAACAAGUCUUAAAAUAUAAGAUAAAACGUGACUGUCAUUUCCGCUUCCUCGAUUUUUAAUUUCAGAACAUGAAAACUGUCACAACAUUUACUAAGUUAGUACAAGGAAAAAAAAAAAAACAAAUGCAAAUAAUUAGUCAUGGACAGUAACCUAAGAAAUUACCUGGGAAAAACAGCCCAAGACAAAGCAGGAUUUUUGUGUGCAUGUACUUCAGUCACUCUGGUGCACUUUGCAUGUCCCAUGCAUUUUUAGAGCCUGCUUGUUUGUAUGUUUUGCUUGCCCCAAGCUGAGAUUUCUUCUCUCUCUAAGAAGAGCAGUAAGAGAGCAGUGCAAUUCUUACAGACCUUUCUCACACGUCUGCCAUGAAGGACAGUGCUGUUCUCUACCUGCCUUUGUGUUCUCUGCUGUUUUACUGAAAUGCUUUUAAACCAAUUGGAAAAAAGUUGCAAACUCUUCUAGGCAUGUUUCUGACUUGCUCUUCUGACAGUAAGAUACCCAUUUCACUGUUCCACCCCAAUAUAUUGACCUAUAGAAACUCUCAUCUCUCUGAGAAAACUAUUAACUUAUUUUUUAAUCAUGUCUUUAAAUAAAAGCUUUGGGUUUGA